ACUCCAGCUCCAAAUUGGAUGCCUAGACGCUUUAGUAUGAGCGCUGUCAAAACGAAUAUUUAAAAUAUUGCUGUCAACAUGUUUUUAAAUUUACCUCUCUCUGCAACAUACUGAACUUGAGUUUAUUGUUGACAGCACUAGACAAUAUGUUGCUGAGCUACAGUAACGCACAUAUGUGCUGACCAUAAAUGUUGCUGCCGCUAUCUCUCAGCCGUCUAUUUUGUUUUGCUUAUGUAUGACAAUUGCAGCUGUGUGCACUCUGUUUAAACAAACGGUUCAUUGACCCAGCACAAGAAUUGAGCCUUUCUCUUCACGACACAACUACAUAGAAGCUUUUUACCCAUUACCCUGCCUUGGCAUUAUGCUCAAAUGUACAGUUUAAACUUUUAGCAGUGAUUGCCGCCCAUGAUUUGCCGCACCUUUUAGUUGCCAUCAAGUUGUACUUACAAUUGGUAGCAAUAAGUACCUUGUCAUACAAGUAUAACUAAAAUAUAAAUUUAUUUCGUCGCACAUAAAACUUAAAAAUAAUUUUUUACUUUUGCGCUUGUAUAAUAAAAAUUCAAAAAAAAACCUUUUCAAAUUUUAAACUUUUUGUUGUGCUGACUACAAAUGCUUUUCGUCGAGAAAUUCUUACAAAUACGUAAUUUUGUUGUGAACGUUUGUCUGAUCGAGACUAUACAAUUUGUGGAGGAUAUCACGCGUGCUAUUUGUUUGGACAUCAGCGGCUUUGUUAAUCAAAAGUCGUAGUCAGAAUAGCGCGCCAAUCAAGUAUCGGCAUUGCACUACAAAAACAAACACACCAUUGAACAAACACACUCGCUGAUCAUUACACAUUUUCACUCAACAUAAUAAGAACCAUCUGGGAGCAACAUUAAACUAAUAAAAUAAAAUAAAAAU